CCCGCCCGCUCGGGGCUCGGCUGGCUCUGCCUGCCCGCCUCCACGUGGCCCAGCGCCAUGGCGGCACCGCCGCGCUCCGGCGGCGCGGCCCUUCUGCCCUCCGCCAGCAGCGCAGAUCGAGCCCCACGUCGCACUGCCCGCCAGGUCCCUGAGGAGCUGCUGAAUAAUGCAGAGCUGCGGGAGGCAGUGGGGGCUCUGCCUUCCAACUACAACUUUGAGAUCCCCAAAACCAUCUGGAGGAUCCGGCAGGCGGGUGCCAAGAAGGUGGCCCUGCAGAUGCCGGAGGGGCUGCUCAUGUUCGCCUGCACCAUUGCAGAUAUCAUUGAGCGGUUUACAGAUGCUGAGGCCGUGGUGAUGGGCGAUGUGACGUACGGCGCGUGCUGCGUGGAUGACUACACGGCGCGGGCUCUGGGUGCUGACUUCUUGGUGCACUAUGGACACAGCUGCCUGAUCCCCAUCGAUGCCACGCGUGGUCUGAAGAUGCUCUACGUCUUCGUGGACAUCAAGAUUGACACAUCCCAUUUCCUGGACACCAUCCGCUUCAACUUCGCCGCAGGUUCUUCCCUGGCCCUGGUCAGCACCAUCCAGUUUGUGGCUGCAGUGCAGGCGGCCUCGAAGGAGCUGCAGUCACAGUACAAGGUGUGUGUGCCCCAGUGUAAGCCUCUGUCCCCUGGUGAGAUACUGGGCUGCACAUCGCCCCGGCUCGCACGGGACACUGAUGCCAUUGUCUAUUUGGGGGACGGCCGCUUCCACCUGGAGUCCAUCAUGAUCUCCAACCCGGGGAUACCCGCCUACAGGUAUGAUCCCUACAGCAAGGUCUUCUCGCAGGAGCAUUAUGCCCAUGACCGCAUGCGUGAAGCCCGGCAGGCCACCAUCCGCUCCGCCACCCGCGCCCAGUGCUGGGGGCUGCUGCUGGGCACCCUGGGGCGACAGGGAUCCCCUGCCAUCCUACAGCACCUGGAGUCACGGCUGCGUGCCCUGGGCCGGCCCUUCGUGCGGGUGCUGCUGUCUGAGAUCUUCCCCAGCAAACUGCAGCUCUUCGACAGCGUGGAUGCGUGGGUGCAGAUCGCCUGUCCACGGCUCUCCAUCGACUGGGGGGAGGCCUUCGGCAAACCACUGCUGACACCCUAUGAGGCAGCGGUGGCUCUUGGGGACAUCGAGUGGCAACAGCCGUACCCCAUGGACUUCUAUGCCAGUCAAUCCCUGGGACCGUGGACGGCCAAUCGCUCAGCACGGCCAGCCCAGGAGAAGCCACUCACAACCCCCAGCCUGAAGAAUGGCACUGAGGGCUCCCGCAGUGCUCACCCGCCUGAGGACACGGCCACCUCCUGAACAGGGUCCCGGUGGCCCCGCUGCCACCUGUGGG